UCCGGACGUCUGUUUAAGCUUUAGAGUUUUAUAUCUGUGAUCUUUUUUUUGGGGGGGCAAGAAUAAUUUCUUAUAUGUGUAUAUGUUUGGAUUAUUUUAAGUAAGAAGGGUGUGCUGUAGUUUUAAAUAUAUCGUUUCCGGAAACGCAGUGUUAGGGAGUUAUUUUUAACAGCCCUUGGAGCAACUUGAAAGCAGAUGAUUUUGUACUUAACCCUAGAUUAAGACUAAACAAAGCUAACACGGGGUUGUUUAGAGUGCGCGUACCGUUUCCAAGCGAACACAAAUUCCACGGACGUUAUCGCUGCGUUUAUUGUUCAAAUUAGUUCGAACGCGGCUGCCAUGGAGACGGGCGCGCGCCGUUUCAUCCGCUGGCGGAAACACAGUCAUCACUAGAGCGCUGCCUUUUGUUCCGCGGAGUUGUGUUGGAUUCUGUCAGAGACUCUGGGGCAGUUCAGGGGGGGUAAAUUAUGGCACCGCACAAGCCCGGCUCGGAUCCCUACAGAUCCGCGAAAACACACGCCAGCAGCCUGGCUAUGAAUGCUGCCAAGAGACCGAAAAUGGAGCAGCUCCAAGCCGACCAUGAGCUCUUCCUGCAGGCCUUCGAGAAACCUACUCAGAUAUACAGAUUCCUUCGUACGAGGAACCUCAUGGCUCCCAUUUUUCUGCACAGGACCCUCACGUACAUGUCCCACCGCAACUCACGAGCCAGCAGCAAAAGAAAAAAUUUUAACACGGACGAUCUGAUCUUCAAAGUGGAAAGAAUGAAAACGGAGCAGGAGGCACACAAUUUGACUUCACACCUGCAGCUCACCUUCUCCGGCUUCUUUCAUAAAGUUGAUAAGACACAGAACUGUGAGAACGAGGAGAGCUCUGUGUCACUGGAGGUGUUGCUCAUCAAAGUGUGUCAUAAGAAGAGGAAGGAUGUGAGUUGCCCCAUAAAACAGGUUCCUACCGCAAAGAAGCAGGUGCCAUUGAACCCGCGGGUGAAGACAGGGAUGUGGCCGACCAUAACUGUGCCGAGCCAGGAGUUCGAGGCCAGUAACAGCCACAUGGUGAAGUCUUACUCACUGCUCUUCAGGGUCACAUGUCCUGCAGGGAGGGAGAUCGGAGCCCGAGACAACAACGUUGCUGACGAGCUACCCGGCAGGAAGAAACGUUACUCCUCCCACCGAGAUGACGGAGAGACAAUGUUUGUAGCACAGAUGACAGUGUUUGAUAAGAACAGGCGUCUGCAGUUGCUGGAUGGCGAAUAUGAAGUGUCGAUGCAGGAGAUGGAGGAGUGUCCUGUCGGCAAGAAACGAGCCACAUGGGAAACCAUCGUGGACGGAAAGUGGGUUCCUCCAUUCGACACGUUCUCUCACGGCCCGACUCUGAAGUUCACGCUACGUUGGACUGGCGAGGAAAGUGACCUCACCACGGCACCGAUGGCCCGACCUCUCGCUACACGCAACACGCAUACGAGUGGCAGCGAGAACCAGAAGACUAAUACACCUAAACCAUCACAAACAGUAGCUGUUAAAGAUCCUGUCAGCUCAGAUGCGCUCUUGCGGAAAGAGCAGGUUCACAUUGAGCCUCGACAGAAAAUCCGCAUUUAUUAUCAGUUUUUGUAUAACAAUAACACGCGGCAGCAGACGGAGGCUCGAGACGACCUGCACUGUCCCUGGUGUACGCUCAACUGCCGUAACCUGUACAGCCUCCUCAAACACCUUAAGCUCUCUCAUAGCCGCUUCAUCUUCAACUACGUGCCUCACCCUAAAGGAGCUCGCAUAGAUGUGUCUGUGAAUGAGUGUUAUGAUGGAUCCUAUGUUGGAAACCCUCACGACCUGCACUGCCAGCCUGGCUUCGCCUUUAGUCGCAACGGCCCUGUUAAACGCACCUGCGUCACACACAUCCUUGUCUGCAGGCCGAGGCGCACUAAACCAAGUCUCUCCGAGUUCCUGGAGUGUGAUGAGGUGCCGCUGGAGCAGAGGAGGCCGUUAGUAAGCGGCCAUAACCGCCUGUACUUCCACAGUGACAGCUGUAUGCCGCUACGUCCUCAAGAGAUGGACGAAGACAGUGAGGACGAGAAAGACCCUGAGUGGCUGAGGGAGAAAACAGUCAUGCAAAUUGAUGAGUUUACUGAUGUCAACGAAGGAGAGAAGGAGGUUAUGAAACUGUGGAACCUUCAUGUCAUGAAACACGGAUUUAUAGCUGAUAAUCAGAUGACUCAGGCCUGCAUGCUGUUCGUGGAGAACUACGGCUCCAUCAUUGUGGAGAAGAACCUGUGCCGGAACUUCCUGCUGCAUUUGGUCAGCAUGCACGACUUCGGCCUGGUGAGCACAUUGAUCAUUGACAGGGCCAUGGGUCGCCUGCGCCAAUUUAAACCAGCUCGGAACAACGAUGUAGCAGAACCUGCGAAGGAACACCCCUGAAAGCUAGCAGAACAGAAAUUUUCUUUUCUGAGCUUUUACAGACGACAGGAGCUGCCAGACCACUGGAUGCAAGAUCAUUCAUUUUAACCGUAAAGCAACAGAUUAUUUGGAGCUAAUGAACUACUUCGUGCUUUGAAAUAAACCUGGGUGCUAUUUUUGUACUUUUUUUUUUUUUUUUUUUUUUUUUUUGGCACCAAUUUUCAAAUGAAAAUAUUUUUAAUAUAUUUUAAACUGUGUCAAAUAGGGGUAAGACUUGGCCUUCGUGACCUUUUAUUAAUAAUGUCUUUUUUUUUUUUUUUUUUUUGGUUGGUCAGGUGCUUUUUGAAACUGUGCGUUUACGUUCAGGCCACAGUAAACCAUUAUUAAAAGGAGAAAAAAAAUUUCCAUUAGCACAUCUGGGGGUCAACAAGGGAUGGGCUUGGGUUAAAUUCGAUCACCUUUCAUUAUGUUGCCACUCGCACAAUGUCUUAAUGGGGAUAAAAUCUCAGUGUAAAAAAGCCAGCUAUCUGAAAAUAGAGGCAUGAUGAAUAACCUGUCUAGCAAUUGUGAAAAGUACCUAGCAGUUAAAAAAUGACUGGGUAACUAAUGAUUCCUAGUUUGUGGUGUCAGACUGUAAUUCACAAAUUUAAUUCAAGCUCUAUCCUUGAUGUCGGGUUGAUGUUGAUCACCACAAUGCACAAGUACAAAAUCUUCGGUUAAUUUUGAUAUUGGACAAUUGGAACAAAUUAUUCUUUUUUUUGGAGGGGGACUGAUCAAGGACUGGAAUACAACGUGGGGCAUCAUUUUCUCAUGUCCAAUUAGCCAUUUUGUAUGCCAAUCCAAUAAUCGUGACCUUUUUUUUUUUUUUUGUAUUUAGUUCUAUUUUUAAUUCGCCACUUGUUUUUGAUCUGCUUUGAUUGGUUAAAAAAAUUGACUUUUCUUACGCCAAGUAAUGAAACUAUUGCUAAUGGGGGGGAAAAAAAUCAGGAUUGCACAAAAAAGUCUUUAUUUCCCAACCCUGAUGUCUAACAUAUGUUGGUGCACAUGCCCUGAUUCUGCCGAGUGACAACUCUCGAAGAAUCUAAAGCUUAAGCUAAAAUCUCAUAUCCGUCUUCGGGCGUUUUUCACAUUAGUGCCCCGGGAUAGUUUUUGAGAACACUUGACCCCAAAAUCUGGUUCAUUUUGAUCUGUGAAAAAACAGUUGUUUCGUGCUCAUGAACUGUUCCUGAGACCACUGGAAAAGGUAGUCUCAGAAGCAAUACAGAAUACUUGGGUGCAGAUCAAAUCAGAUGAAGUAGCAGUUGAAAGCUUACCUCAACAGAAGUAGAUUGCUGUUCAGAUGCGACAUCAUUGGUGCUGUCAUUCUCUCCAAUAUCUACAAAUCCAAAGCUGAUACAGGUGGAUGCAUGCAUGAGUGUUGCUCUUGAACGAAAUACCAAUAAUAAAAGGCAACUUCCUUGUUCAUUUUUUCUCAUGUUUAUUGGUGUAUUGGAGGGUGUAAAUACGCAAGCAUGUCUGGGAAUGGUGCACAAAAACAACGUGAACUCUGACCAGCGGGGGAGGGGAAAACAAUCGUUUCUAAUUACAGUAUGAAUCAAUUGUGCCCAAAGUGAAAACGCCCUUAGUCUCAAACCUAUGUUGGUUGACAUUAUGUAAUUGGAUUAUAAUCAACAAAAGGACUUAAGCCAGCUUAACAUUAAGGAUGUCUGUAAAAGCGGUCAUUUUUUAGGGGUGUGCAAAAGUAUUGGGAUACCCAGUUACUCCGGGUAUUUAAUAUUGAAAAGCUGCGGCUGGCAAUAUUAUGAUGCGCCAUCCUGGUGCGCAUUAUGACUUGAACAUCUCAGGAAAGUUCAACAGUAAAAAGUUCGAUUCCAAAGCUUCAGCAUUACAGAGCUGCAGCACUGCGACAUACCAACAUGUUAAGCUGUUUAAUACACCAUAUUAAUACGCAUGUUCUUGCAGCUCAAAAUCAGGCAUGUUUCAUAUCCAGUAGGUCAAAGCGAAACUCUUGGAAAGCUGGAUGAUUUUAAUAAUGCUGAUAUGUAGCUGUUCGAGAAAACAUUUCCCUUGUUGACCUUAUGGAUGUCUUACCCUGUAAAAUCAAAGCACGAGUGCGAGUUGGUAGAGGAGAUUGUGUUUCAAAAAAAAAAAAAAUUUUAAGCUGUAAAAAAAAUUGUUGAUUGACACUCCCUUAAUCAAUGGCAUCAGGAGUGUGAGACUGAGACACACGUACACACAUGUAUACACAGAUCAAGGUGCUAAAAUUCAAGUGUGAAUGUCUAACUGUUGCACUGAAACCAGGUUUUGUACACUGGGUAUGUGCCUGUAAUCGAUGACUCGAGUUGAUCCAUGAUGCUGUGAAAGAUGUGUGGUCUCUCUCUCGUUUUCUUUUCUGGUGCAGACUUGUUUCUUCAAGGUAUUUUAUACAGCGAUGCCUGCUUUUUCUUAGCGGGCUGAAGAGCUCUAAUGUACGCUAGCGAGGAAAUUACAUUUCAAGUCUUUUACAGCAGUUAGUUAAACAUAAGUGUAAUUUUUGUCCACUUGGAGAGAACUUGGCAGUUCUCUACUUCGAAGCAUUUGAAGCUAAUAAAUGUUACAUAUUCAUUUA